CUUUAACAAAACCCAAAUUUCUCAAACCCUGAUUGUUCGCCUAUAGACUCGAUCUUCGUUUUUUUUUUGUCUUAAUCACUCAAUAAUAUAUUGUCUAAAGUACAUUGUAUAUCAUUAGUUAUGAAUUAUGAUGAUAUAGCUCGACAUAUAAAUUAAUAAUAGAAUUCAAAUGCUCGCUCGCUGACUGUAGUACCCUGAUAUCACUAGCCAAUACAACUUACGAAAAAAUGAAAAAUGAAAAAAAUUUUAAACUCGACCAAUCAAUCGUCCAUGGUAUAGUUGUAUCAUCAGACAGCCUUUACUAAGGAAAAAUGUUAUAAAUUGGGUUCGUGGCCAAAUUUAUGACUUUCAACUGUCACCAACCUUACAUUUUGCUAUAUAAACCCUAAGAAACUCAUUAUAAACUUCAACAACAUAAAAGACGAUCAAUAUAAUCUAGAAAAAAAAAAAGAAGAGAGAAGAGAGAAAUGUCGAGAGCUUUGUCAGUCGUUUGUGUCUUGCUCGCCAUAUCCUUCGUCUGUGCACGUGCUCGUCAGGUGCCGGGAGAGUCUGAUGAGGGAAAGACGACGGGACAUGACGAUACAACAACAAUGCCCAUGCAUGCAAAAGCAGCUGAUCAGUUACCACCAAAGAGCGUCGGCGACAAAAAAUGCAUCGGAGGAGUUGCUGGAGUCGGUGGAUUCGCCGGAGUUGGUGGUGUUGCCGGCGUGGGAGGUCUAGGGAUGCCACUCAUCGGUGGUCUUGGCGGGAUCGGUAAGUAUGGUGGCAUAGGCGGUGCAGCUGGAAUCGGUGGAUUUCAUAGUAUAGGCGGUGUUGGCGGUCUAGGCGGUGUCGGAGGAGGUGUUGGCGGUCUAGGCGGUGUUGGAGGGGGUGUUGGUGGUCUAGGUGGCGUUGGCGGUCUAGGUGGAGCUGGUUUAGGCGGUGUAGGUGGUGUUGGCGGUGGUAUUGGUAAAGCCGGUGGUAUUGGCGGUUUAGGUGGUCUAGGCGGAGCCGGAGGUGGUUUAGGUGGAGUUGGUGGUCUCGGUAAGGCUGGUGGUAUUGGUGUUGGUGGUGGUAUCGGUGGUGGACACGGCGUGGUCGGUGGUGUGAUCGAUCCACAUCCUUAAUAGAGAGUAUUUGUUGGUUAGGGUUUUAAUUAAGGAAUAAUUAAUUAGUUUCGAUGUUAUUGUUGGUCUUUUAAUUCUGUGAUCAUUAGGGUGACUUUUGAUCUAUUUUCUAGUUUGGGCUUUUGUAACGUUUGCUUUGAUUUCGGCCGUGGUGUUAUGAAAUGUGCGACUCUCUAUGUUUGAAUCGUUUUGGUUUAGGAGGUUCUCUUCUUCCAUACUUUUGCAUGUUCAAAGACAAAUUUUUAAUUAAGAGGAAUUAUCAAGGUUUCCGACGAGAUAUUUUUUGAAAAUGAAAUUGGU